UCAGCUCCAUUUUAAAAAAAAAUUAGAGAGCCCUUUUCUCUCUCUCUCUCUCUUUUCUUUAUCCGGCCGAUUGGGUUCAUCAAGGGUCCUCCGCGCCCACGCAGUGAAUCGGCGAUCAGUGUUACGCGAAACAUGUCCUUUCAGCCCUCUUUUUGAACAGGUCCGAAGAUGGAACCCUCAUGGCCUACAACAACACAAGAGAAAAGAGAAGGGCUCUCUUGCUUCUUCGUUCCCCGCCCCGGCACAACAAUACAAGAGAAAAGAGAAGGGCUCUCUUGCUUCUUCGUUCCCCGCCCCGGCCAUUGGCCGAACCCCCAGGGGUUCAGCGACCUUCAAAUCGGCGAGAGAACACCGGAGCACAUCCAAACAGUGAAUCGGAGGUGUCAGAGGCGUGGAGAAGAUGGCGUGUGGUGGGACAAAACGGCGCACGUGGUGGCCUUGCUGAUGAGGAGCGGCGACUGAAAACUUUAGCAGCUAGGGUUGCUGCUGUUUUCUUUGUAAUGGGCUAGGGUUAGAAUUGGGCUUUGGUAGUUUGGGUUUUAAUUAGGUUUGAAUUUGGGUCUGGAAUGGGUCUUAUAUUGUUGGGCCACACAUAUGUUGUAAAUGGAUUUAAAAUUUGGACUUUUUAUUUGGUUAUUUGGGUUUUAUUUUAUUUGUUUUAUUUGCUUGGGCCAAAAUUGGCUGUUACAAUUGUUUUGACCACUUGUCCCCUCUUUAGUUAAAUUGUUAACAUAAAUGGUGAAUUGGCCUUUUUUUUAUUUGGUAUAAUAA